GGCGGGGCCGGGCGAGGUGCUGCGAGGAGGCGUAACGGAAAGCCCCGGCCGGGGAAGGCUGCGGGCUGGAGCCGGAGCCGCCGAGCGCGUCGGGUAAACCCGGAAGCAGACACAAGUUCACAGCUGGCCUGCGGUUCUUACUUCUGUUAAGGAGCAGCUCCUCCUUCAGGAGCUGAUAUUUCCCCCUCAUAUUGAUAAUGGAAACUCGAUACAUCGCCUUUCUAUUGGAUGUGGUACCCUUGGGAUCUUCUAGAAGGUAAAACUCCAGCCAAGUGGUGUCCUGAAAUGUUAUUUGGGAGGAAUUUCAGGGGAGAUACUCCUUAUCUCACUGAUGCUUCUCUGUAACCUGUACUGUUCGGAGGCAAGGUCCCCUCGCUGUGGUCAUGCACCGCGCCUUUCCUUCAUUACUUUGGCUAAUCAGAAGUUGGCUGCACUUCAGUGCCUCUUAAAAGCUUUUCUCUCUGGCUCUGUCCAGGAACUUGAAGUGCAGUGUCAGAAAUGAUGUGAGUUGAUGAAGAAGAAAUAAACAAACCCAGGCAACAUGUGAGGAAGCCUUGGCAGCCCUGCUGCUGUUUGUAGUUUUGAUCUGAAGGAGCCAGAUUUCCUCCAUGUGGAAGGAAUGAGACGCUGAGGCCCUGAAUUUUUUGACUACACAACCACCUCCAAGGCAUAUUACAGCUCUGGAACCACAGCUAACCUCUAUCACGGAUCUGCUAACUGGUGAGGCUGGCCCAGCUCAGGAGCUCGACAUGGCAGCAUGACAGCCCUGGAUAGCCCAGCUGCCAGUAGCCUGGAGAAAGGAGUCCCACACUGUGGGAGUGAAUGCUCAGAGCAGCAACUGCCUCCUGAGCCUGCCUCCUGAGCCAGCAACCGCCUAAGCCGCCUUCCCUGCAGACCUUCUUAUAUUAACCCCGUGGACUCCUGACUCUUUCUCUGCCUUGAACAUCAAUAUGUGUCAUGUCAUUGUUACCUGUCGCUCGAUGCUCUGGACCCUCCUGAGUAUUGUGGUGGCUUUUGCAGAGCUCAUUGCCUUCAUGAGCGCAGACUGGCUAAUUGGAAAAGUCAACCCUCGCAACAACGCUGAGCCCGAUGACGAGAAUAGGGGCCCUUUGGAGCGCUCCCACCCCACCUUGGGCAUCUACGCCCGCUGCAUCCGGAAUCCUGGGGUGCAACACUUCCAGCGGGAGACAUUGUGCGGGCCCUACGCUGAGAGCUUCAGUGAAAUUGCCAGUGGCUUCUGGCAGGCCACUGCUAUUUUCUUAGCCACGGGCAUCUUCAUUCUCUGUACGGUGGCCCUGGUGUCCGUCUUCACCAUGUGUGUGCAAAGCAUCAUGAAGAAAAGUAUUUUCAACGUCUGCGGGCUGUUGCAAGGAAUUGCAGGUCUGUUCCUUAUUCUUGGUUUGAUACUCUACCCUGCUGGCUGGGGCUGCCAGAAAGCUGUUAACUACUGCGGACCCUAUGCAUCGGCCUACAAGCCUGGAGACUGCUCCUUAGGCUGGGCCUUUUAUACUGCCAUCGGUGGUACAGUCCUUACCUUCAUCUGCGCUGUCUUCUCUGCACAAGCUGAAAUUGCAACUUCCAGUGACAAAGUACAGGAAGAAAUUGAAGAAGGGAAAAACCUUAUCUGUCUACUUUAGUUUGGAAACAUUUCACCUCCAGUUUCCUCAUUUGAGUCAAGUGGAGAACUAGCUUUUAUCUACCAAAGCCAAAUUCCACAGCCCUGAGCCUUAGCAAGACCAUGGUAAGGCAACUUCCAAGUAGGCAAAAUUACUGCACCUGAGAGCCACCAUGCAAAUCAUGAAGUGGAACAUGAAAGACUUGCAGGCUGUUUGAGAUGAGUGCAAACCUAUGAGCAUUUGUGCCUCAGAGUGAGACUUGGGGAUUGGUGGUUGAGACAACAAAAAAACAAUGUAUUUUCUGUGGACAGAAUACUGCCUCUCGCUCAGAUGAAGAAAGGGGUCAGUAGGAAGGACACUGUGGAAUCUAUACUAGGCUGAAGUCCUGGGUAAGGUGGAUCAACUGAACUGUUACUCCCAAGAGUUUUAAAAAAAAGACCUGUAUGACCACAAAAUCCUGCUAGUGAAGACAAAUUCAUUCCAAUUUCCAGAAACCAUCCCAAUACUGGCCCAGUCUCCACUUCCACCAGAGUUCACAAUAUCGUUUUUCUCCAUGGGUUAGGAUUAUGCUCUGACUGCCUAAGAAAAACCUCACUGUGCCCCCCCCCCGCCCCCAUCCAGAAACAGACAUCUCCGAGCCAACUAUGUCACUCAUACAGAUACUCACUGGGAGAGCUUUACCAGCUGUUUGCGAACAAUGCUGUAGUCAGCUGUAUUUCCAACCCAUAGAGCAAGAGAAUGGGAUUCAUUCUUUGCAGAAGAAAAAGGAGCUAAUCACAGGAGUUAAAUUUUUUUUUUUUUCCAGGAUCUAGUGUUGAUCCUGAAAUCAGCCUAAAAGAACAUUAAAUUGUUGCAAGUAGUGAGUUUCAUUCCCAGAAAAGCAGAGAAAGUUAAUGCAAAGGGGGAAAAAUAUAGAGCUUGAUCAAGCCUCUUGCACCUGCCUAUACCUGUUUACAAAAAAACUGAACACCACUAUUAAAAAGGAUUCAGGGGCUCUUAAUCUGGUUUUCAUAGAUUACCAAUAUUAAUGACUCAAGAAAAUGGUAUUGGCCAUUACCUCAAUUUACUUGAGAAUGAUCCACGUAGCAAGAAAGAAUAUAGCCUGGCAUUACCCCAAGCUUCAGAAUUACAAUAUGAUAUAGAAACUCCUUAGCAAUGCCUUGCUUUGUUUUGAAAAUUACAAGUAAUCACUAAGCACACAGUACCAUGCCCAAGGUAUACAAAAAGAACCUUGACAGACUUUACAACCUUACCCAAUUUAAUCAUCUUAAAGCCAUGUGAGUCUAAAACCAUACGUUAGUGCAGAGUAAAUGCUUUACAUACAGAUGGAACAAAACUUGAGAGUUUCAUAUCGACCUUUGGCCUCUGACAAAAACCAUCUUAUCUCAGAUUUAACAGCUAGGGGUAGAAAUGUGGAACCAAGCUAUGAUACACUCACCAUUCGUGAACCAAAGUUCAGAAUGAGCAAGAUGUUAAAUCCUAUGAUGUUUUUGGUAAAGGGAAGGGGUAAGUAGAUAUCCUCAUACCAGCUUACAAUAAGCACUCAGAAGGAACAUUAAGCCUUUCUCUGAUACCAUACAGCAACAGACUAUGGCAGCCACUGUCCCCAACUGUGCAUUUAUAUGCUCUAAGCAGGUCCCAGUGCCAUCAGAGUAACUACUUUUCGAACAUUGUAACUUUCAUUAAAAAUUCUUGUCCACAAAUCUUGAUAAAAAUAUUUUAAAUUUAGAGAUGUCGUUUUCUAAUGCUAAUUUUCCAUUCUUACUGUCCUUAUAGCCAAGUUAAAAUUAUAUGCUCAGAGAAUCCUCUAAGCAAUUCCAUCACCUGUACUGGCUGGCUGAUAUUUGUGGCCAAGGUGCUGGCAUAUCCUUACAUUACCCUGAUAAUGGUCACAAGUGAAAACGUGGCCUACCUUGACCAGAAGACAGUCAUUUGACAGCGUUUACUCUUUAGGAAUCUGGAUGCUUCAGAAGAGAAAAGUACAUGCAUACACACAAAACCACAAUUGAAAAUUAGACACUAAAUAAACAGAGCAUCUCUAGCAGAGACAGAGUAAAAACAUAAUGUUGGACCUUUUAAACCUUGGGUCCAUAGCCAGACUUUGGUAGAGAUGAAUGGAACAUCCAAAAUCUAUUUAGUGUAGAUCAAAACAGCACAACUGUUUAAAAACCACUGAAUAUGUGGUAGAAAGAAAAUGCUUAAGAUAAUUAGACAUUUAUUAUUGACAUACACCUAUUUUUCUAAUAAAAUUCUAUCACUUAUCACCUCAGUCUAAAAGUCUAAUAUACCUGAAUAAUAAUUAGUACCAGAAAAGAUUUUUGCCUGCAUUUGUGCUUAAAGUUUCAUGAUUGGCUGGGCAUCUCAAACUACAAGGAGGCAGAAUUACUUACUUGCCUUUGAUUCUGUGGAUUCUUUAAACCUGUGUGCUAACUCAACAAUGUUAUGUUAAUUAUAAGGGUUUUUGUAUAGUUUUGAAACAUCUGUGGUGUAAUGAUCUUUGUUAAACAUUUAUUCUGUAAAGUGCCAUAGUCUUUUUUUAUGUGUAGCAUAUUUAAAAAUUUAUAUAUGUAUAUUAUACAUACACAAGUCUGUGUGAGAGAUGUGCAAUAACAAAGGUGUAUGUAUGUUUUGUUUUUGGAAACUGGACAGGAGUCAGAACAGUUCUGUUUUGGCAAAGGAGAGUUACACAGUUCUGCCUUCAUGGCCUAGUCAUUAACCCAUAACAAGUUUAAUGCUACACAAACUGAUGUGAAGAAAAGACUGGUACAAAAUCAUUUUUUUUCCUGGGUCUAAAUGAUUAGAUUUAUGUGAAAGCUUAAGCCAGCAAGUCAGGCCCAGUUAAUGCUAGUCUUUCAUGUAAAAUGUGAAGCUGCCAUAUUGCCUUUUCUGUUAGUGUGAUAACUCGUAGCUGGUACAUAAUCACUAAGGAGCUAUUUCUUAACAUGCCUAAUAAACCAUGUUAAUGCUAGACCACUAUUUAAGGGCUAAUCUCACAACUUCUUAGCCGUGUGUGUCUGACUUAGAACAGACUUCUCUGUGCAAUAACAUGUGGCCAAUAAUGAAAUCCCUGGCCUGCAUUUUGCACUUGGGCAGCAAUGACUCCCAAGAGCUAAAAGAAUUAAAGGCACGACUGGGAUUUAUCCCUCUGAGACUGUGGUGAAACUCCUAAGGUUGGGGGUCAUUAGGUGCUUUGGAGGAACGCAGCACCACUUGAUAUUCAACAGCCACUUGAGCCAAACAAAGUUGUAUUUGCCACUAAUGGACUCAACUUGAGCCUUCAAAUGUGUGGUUAUCCUAUUAUGUUGUAAACUAAUACAUUGUUUGUCUAGCAUUGAUUAGGUUCUGUGCAUAUGUAUUUUCACUAUGUGCUCCCUUUUCCUCUCCCCAGAUCUGAAUAAAACCAGAUUUUGCAAACUUAUCUUGAUUUUUCCAAGUCUGAGUUAUAGA